UAGUACUGGUGGCCAAUGGAAACCGGCCGGACCAACAGCGCAGCCAAUGGGAGCCGGCGGGCGGAGGCGCGCCUCGAUUUAAGGAGGCCCGCCGCCCGGGCUCUAGGGACCGGUGCCUCAGGAGUGCGGCAGUGGCUGAGUGCUGUCACCAUGUCUUCUUUGCAGGCUGAUUUUGAUAGGAUUGCAGAAGAUGUGAGGAAGCUGAAAACAAGACCAGAUGAUGAAGAACUGAAAGAACUCUAUGGGCUCUACAAACAAUCUGUAGUUGGAGACAUUAAUAUUGUCUUACCUGAAGAUUUUCGGGAGUCUGCCAUGAUGAAGUCAACAUCCAAAUGCAAGAAAAGGGAGACGUCAGCAACGACAGGGCUGCUUCUUCAAUGGAGAGCUUGGAAGCUCUCAGAGCUCUUCCCACGUGGACUUCACCUCUACCGGGUGGAGAGGCAGAUCCAACAAAACAUGUUGAACCGCAAGAAGGAACAGCCUCAGAUGGCAUAUCAGAGCAGGAAACUGAAAAGAGCCGUGGUACCUGCCCCUGUCAGUACCUGUCUGAGACUCGCUGUGGGCCAGGCCAUUUUCUAAGGUCAUCUGACUUCUAGAACAAUGCAGGUGGAAGCACAAUGGCGCCUGGACACCCAAUUCCAACUCCGGGUGAGGCUGGUACCAGCCAGUACCUUGCACUGUCAUUCCCCAGAAACGUCGCCCUAUUUCCCAGCUCUCCGUGGUCAGCAGAUGGUUGUCACCGGCAGAGCAAAAGCAGGUUCACGCAAGCAGGGCCCGGGGUUGGUUCCGCCCAGUUCUCAGUGGUCACAACAACAGCAUUUAGUAUUCACUGAGCUGGGUGCUGGGUGCUGGGUUCAACACUGGGGACAUGCGGAUAAACAAACAAUCUCAUUACUUCUGUAACUUAGGCAUUUGGCUGGGAGGCAACUAGAGGCGCCAAGUGCCGCCAGGGUCAGGGUGAUCUGUGAGCAUGAUGGCGGGGGUUGGGGGGCAAGCAAGGUCUCCCUGGGGAAAUGGAGUGGACUCUGAGAUCCAAAUGAAUAGGGACAAGGCUGGCAAAAGGAGAGAGGCAGCAGGGGAAGGGGGAAUAGAACAAGCACAGGCUAACAGCUGCCGUUUGGAGAGCGAAGAGGGAAUUGGGACAAAUUAAAGUGGAGGGGGUAGGCAGGGGCCACGUCUAGGCCUCCUAAGGGAUUUUGGCUGUCCUAAGAGGGACAGGAAGCCACCAAAAGGAUUGAAGGCGAGAUGUGUCAUGACUUUUAUCCCUCUGGGUAGUGUGGGAAAUGGAGUGGAGGAGGACAGAGUGUCUAAGAGGGGAUUCCUGCUUCUGCCUGGGAUGGAGGAAUGCUACUCAGUCCCUACCAAUGAGAAAAAAAAAAAGCCCGACAAACUACAAAAUCCUAACUUUCCUUGAACUUGGCUGAGUUUGCAAGGCAAACUGGAAACCAAAUACCAAGGAGGGGCAGGCCCCUAAAGGGAGAAGUGGAAUGUGUACGCAGGCUCAUGGAGGCAAAGCACCGGAGGAAGGGGCGUGUGCUGUACAUUCCAGAAGAAAUCAGCUAAAAUGUUCCAGUGCUGGAGAUCAAGUGAGGGGCUGUGUGUCAGAUGGACUCACAGCAACUUGCAGCCUCCAGUAGGAGUUCACGAGAAAGACUGGGAGCGAGGCAGGGGGCCAGAAGGAGCCCCGUGUGGUCUGUGGAGCUGGUGGGCAGCAGGAAAUGGGCUGUGACCUUGAGAUAGGUGCUGACCCCGCCCCUGCCCAGGCCCUUCCCUCCCACAGGCAAAAGCCUCAACUUGCUGGAGGAGAGGCAGCCAACAUUUUCUCCCUGGGCGCAGGCAAAGACACACGGCUGCAGAGGGUGAAGCAUUAACCUUCUACCCUCGAGGAAGGAGUGGAGAGAGGGCUUGGACAUACAAGGAUACCAACACUACUUCUGGGAAGGGGCAGGGAACUUCCGCCCAAGACCAACCCCAGAAACGAGAAGGGGCAGGCACUGAGAAAGGCGCGCGCACCCACAAGGCCCAGGCAUGAAGGGCCUGCCUAGGAUCAAAGCUCACCCCUGUCUGGGACAUCCAAGAACUCCCCAUGUUACCCCGGAGGCUAACACGGACACCAGUGACCAGCUGCCUGGCAGUGGGGCCUGUUCCAUGAGGCACUAGAAAGACUGGACAAUUGAGAAAAUACUCUAGCAGCCUGGACUCCAUGCUGGGCGCACAGUGACACUAGGGACUUGGAAGCUGGUGUUGCCCUGGAGUACUCUCAGUGACUGCUCUGUCCAGUCUAGAUGGGCUCAGCUCUGCACAGGGCCCAGCAGAAGAGAUGCGCACAAACCCAGGGGUAAAAUUAUUUCCUUCCAUCUUUGUUUUAUGCGUGAUACCUGGCUUUCAAAAUAAAAAAUCAUCAGACCCACGGGAAAGCAGAAAAUAAUUCCAUUGUUGAGAGCAAAGCAAUAAACAGCAUCAGACUUGGAUGAGAGCCAAAGGGUCAAAUGGAAAUUCUAGACACAAGCGGCACUAACAAUGAGAAAUCCCCGCAACAUCAGGAGACCCAGCGCAGCUGAGGACAAAUUCCGUGAGCCUGAAGGUGCUCAAUAGAAAUGAUCCCAACUGGGGCGCCUGGGUGGCUCAGUUGGUUAAGCGACUGCCUUCGGCUCAGGUCAUGAUCCUGGAGUCCCUGGAUUGAGUCCCUGGAUCAAGUCCGGCAUCAGGCUCCCUGCUUGGCAGGGAGCCUGCUUCUCCCUCUGACCCUCCCCCCUCUCAUGUGCUCUCUGUCUCAAAUAAAUAAAUAAAAUCUUUAAAAAAAAAAAGAAAUGAUCCCAACUGAAACACAAAGGAAAAAAAAAAGAACAUCCAAGAGCCAGGGGACACUGUCACACAGCCUGAUGUAUGUAAUGAGGGUCCCAGGAGAGGUGGGAACUUGUCCAGGCGGCCAGGGAUGGGGGCAGCUUGAGUUGGGGGGCGGACAGGCGGCUGUCUUUCCCAGCUGUGACACAUUUCCAUUUGGCCACCAGGCUCACGCCUUGCGGGUAGGUGGUGGGGAGGGGGAGGCCGGGAAGGGGCUUUACCAGCCUGAUUGCGCUUUGGAAAAAGCUGAAAGCCUGCUGGGGACGGAGAAGGAGCGGAGGAGCAGAAUCCGGGGAGUAGGGUCUGGGGCGUGUUAGUGAUUUGCAGACAGGUGCAUAGCUAUGGUGAUUGGAUUCACUGGAGGGAGGGUGAGAAUGUUAGGAAGGUUUUUUGUACUCUGGGUGGAAUAUCCCAGAGAGCGGAUUAUCUUUUGUUUUUGGCUUUGGGGAGGUUUCUUUCUAAGAGCUGUGGAGGAUUUAGCUAAGCCCCUCUAUCAUAGUGCCUCGGCAUCCACUGUGGGGUCAGCAGCCUGCAGCCCUUGAACAGACACCAGCCUCCCCGUGAGUGUGAGCGCGUGCCCUGGACGUCACAGGUGAGGGUAAGUUCCAUGCGACCCCCCUACCAGCCUCCCGGAGCCUUCCGCUUGUGCGCCCCUUAGCUGAGACCCCCGUGAACCUCACCCAAACCCCGCUUUUUCGUUGUUUGAAUUGACCAAUCAGGCCUUAGCCUAGGACUGCCAACGCCCUCCCCCCGCUCGCCCUAACGGAGGCCUGUGCUGUCGGUUCUGCGGCUCGCUAUGCGUGCACCUGGACUUGACCCCCGCGUGGCACCCCCAGGCGUGCUGUGGACCCCCAAGUAGUAAACUGCUCCGUUUCAAUUUCUCUGGUGUCUGUUGUUGAACCCCAGCUCACUACCCCACAGCUGGGGCUCUCCUUGAGAAAUGUUAGUUUAACAAAACUCACAAGAGCCUUUGGUAGUGAAUUCUCUGUGUGUGUGUUUUGUUUUUAAAACUUGCUUGUGGUUUUGUGCCAAACUGUCAGCUAAGCGUGGCCUCGUCUAAUCCUCCCCACAACACCUGGGGUUCUCUGCGCCCUUCCCCUGACAGGCGAGACCCAGCUUGAGUCUCACAGUCCGAAGGCCCUAGGUGGAGGGUUUCCAUCCUGCUAAGUGGAGUCUGCAGGUGACGCCAUGGACAUUUGUGCAGGUCUUGAGUAUUAAAGCCCAGCUCUGCAUACAUUAUUGCAUUGGAUGUGCAGUGAUUUGGAUUACUUUUCCGUUUUUAGGGGGUGGUGUCGGACUGGGGUUUCUUUGAUUCUGACUCUGCUAAGCGAGCCACACACACCCCUGCCCCUGUGAGGAUCACACUUGGGAGGAGGCGGUGGGUGGAAAUGGAGAGAGAUGGGUCCACCCAGGGAGCCCCCAAGAAGGCGGGUGGUGGUCUUUUCCGCCAAUCGGAGGUGGGCAGUGAAUGGAGGGACGCGAGGAUGGGCAGAAUUGUCCCUAUUCUCAAGGUGCAGCAACUCUGGGCCAUUUUGUCUGGGCCACUUCUUGUAGCUACUUGCUUAAACUUCUAGUCCCCAGCACUGGCCACAGUGAUCCUACACCCAGUUCCAGGCUUUGUAGAGAAAAUAAAAGAAGCAUCUGUCAAGCAUCUGCUUUCCAAAAACUUCACUGAAGGAAGGAAACCCAGGCGAGAUAGGAGAAAAGCAUGACAGAGUACAAUGGUGACAAUGGGCCAGAUGCUGGCCCCUCAGUCACUGACCUGGGAAGUUAGAACAGGAAGGCCAUUUGUAGGCUUGGAUUAUUGGAGAAGGUUUUGCAGAAUGUUCACACUCAGUCCUCUUGGAAGAAUCAAGCGUCUGUAUACACAUCUCCAGAGACAAAGGCAUGGACCUGGACCUCGGAGCUGAAUGAGCUCUGGAACAAAAUUCACAAGAAGGCAAACCACUUCUGUCUCCUGGAACACCUCCACACUUCAUAAGCAGGGACCUGCUUCUGCUGACCUGUCUAAGGAAGAUGAGAAUGAUCCGGCAUUAAUUUAUUCAACACAUAAGUGUUAAGUGAUGAAACACGCAUGUUGAACCAUUUGUGUAUUUUACUGGCUUACAGUGGCUCCUGGGCACAGAAAUUGUAUCUAUAAAAGCUUGAAUAGAGCCUAUUUUUAUAUAAAAAAAUACUUUAUAGGUACAAUUUCUGGGCCCAGGCUGCACUGCAAGCCAAUAAAAAGAUCACAGGUGGCCCCAAAGAAGAUGAAAUCAAACUCUUAGAAUGUUGUCUUCCUGUAUCAGCAGCCUCAAGAACUGCCAAUCUACAGUUUUUAUAGAUAAUUAUAUAUAUUUUAAAAAAAAACCCCACUUGUCUCACAUGUAAUUGCUAACAGUGGGUCUAUCUGCCAUCGGUUUGGGAAUACAUUCUUGCAAAAUUUGUUGUCAGCAAAAUACUUGGGAGAGCCUCCAAAAUCCACAAGGAGACAGCCCAUUUGUUCUUCCAACAAUUCUUUAUCUGAGGAAUCUGAGGCCGGGCCUUUGACUUGAAACAUGAACACUGUAGGCCUGAUACUUCCGCUAACACGCGUGUUCAGAAACUGAAAACUGCCCAUGGAGGGGAAAAGUCUUUAGAUCAAGGUUUGGCAGUGGAUUUCUUCCUCUACAAGUUUCAGGGAGA